AUGGCUUCCGCUGAGACCUCCGCUACUACUCUCUUGACCUCCUUCCCGGUGCCAAUCUUACUGUCGGGAUUGCUUGUAAUGGGCAUGCUAUCAUGGUUGCGCCCAAAUGGCCGCGUUUCAUUCUUUCACUCAAAAGACAAUAACCUAAUAUUGAAGAAAGUCGGGAAAGGAACUAAACAACAGUUUACCUUGACGGAUCUCUGUCGUACUGCCACACCAAAGACAUGUCGGCUCAACCCGUUUUUGUUCAACGGCCAUCUCCAGACGGCCUGGACUACGGUGAAGUUUGAUGACGUUCCUGUAUACUAUAAACGCUGGAUGUUCGAAGCCGAUAACCCGAUGUUCAGUGGGCAUUUCGCGGUGGACUUCGUUGUCCAUCCAUUCGAAGCUCCCAAAGACAGCCAACUGACGGAUCGGGAGAGAAAAUACACUCAACCAUCGGGUUUACCGGAAAGGACAGCGUUCUUCGCGGCAGAUGAAUUUGAAGCGCUUCCUUCAAAUGAUACGAAACCCAUGCUUGUUAUUCUCCAUGGCUUGAGUGGGGGGUCACACGAGAUUUAUCUACGCCACGUCGUGGCACCCCUCAUUGCUGAUGGGGAAUGGGAGGCCUGUGUUAUCAAUUCUAGGGGCUGUGCUCAAACCAAGAUAACCAGCGGCGUGCUAUAUAAUGCUCGUGCCACGUGGGACGUCCGUCAAGCCGUCAAGUGGCUUCGGAAGACAUUCCCGAACCGGCCAUUGUUUGGGAUCGGAUUCUCCCUCGGCGCAAAUAUCCUCACCAAUUAUUUGGGUGAAGAAGGUGAAGCUUGCCAGUUGAAAGCCGCGGUACUUUGUGCAAGCCCUUGGAACCUAGAAGUAAGCUCCGUGAGCUUGCAAAGCAGCUGGAUAGGACUCGAGGUCUACAGUAAAGUGAUGGGAUCAAACAUGAAACGACUUUUUGAACAUCACGUAGAGGAGGUCUCCAAGAAUCCUCGAGUUGAUAUUGAUGCAGUUCGGAGUACUAAAUACUUGCAUGAGUUCGACCGGGCUUUGCAAUGUGCAUCAUGGGGUUACCCCACAGAGGGUGCUUACUAUCGUGAUGCUUCGUCCGUUGAUUCGCUGCUUGCUAUUAGGAUCCCUUUUUUUGCUGUACAAGCUGAGGAUGACCCGAUUGCUACCGUCAAAGCACUUCCUUUCCAAGAAAUCGAACAAACCCCUUAUGGUGUUAUGAUGACAACGUCCUGGGGUGGGCAUCUUGGCUGGUUUGAACUUGGAGGCAGCAGAUGGUUUGUGAAGCCAGUGACCAAUUUCCUAAACCUCAUGGCCAAGGAAAUCGACCUCAAGACUCCUUUCUUGGUUGAGAACCCCGAGAAAGCUCCAGGCCACGCUGCCAACCAUACUAGCAAUCUCGAUGUAACACCAAAACCGGAUUUCAAUCCCAUGCGUCGCAAACUGGAUUUCCAAUCGGCACUUUUGAACUAG